AUGGACGUGGACGUGGACGUGGACGUGGACAUGGACGUGGACGUGGACGUGGACGUGGACAUGGACGUGGACGUGGACGUGGACGUGGACGUGGACGUGGACAUGGACGUGGACGUGGACGUGGACAUGGACGUGGACGUGGACGUGGACGUGGACGUGGACGUGGACGUGGACAUGGACGUGGACGUGGACGUGGACGUGGACAUGGACGUGGACGUGGACGUGGACGUGGACGUGGACGUGGACGUGGAGGUGGACAUGGACGUGGACGUGGACGUGGACGUGGACGUGGACGUGGACGUGGACGUGGACAUGGACGUGGACGUGGACGUGGACAUGGACGUGGACGUGGACGUGGACGUGGACGUGGACGUGGACGUGGACGUGGACGUGGACGUGGACGUGGACGUGGACGUGGACGUGGACGUGGACGUGGACGUGGACGUGGACGUGGACACGGACGUGGACGUGGACAUGGACGUGGACGUGGACGUGGACGUGGACGUGGACAUGGACGUGGACGUGACGUGGACGUGGACGUGGACGUGGACGGGACGUGGACGUGGACGUGGACGUGGACGUGGACGUGACAUGGACGUGGACUGGACGUGGACGUGGACGUGGACGUGGACGUGGACGGACGUGGACGUGGACGUGGACGUGGACGUGGACGUGGACGGACGUGGACGUGGACGUGGACGUGGUGGACGUGGACGUGGACGUGGACGUGGACGUGGACGUGGACGUGGACGUGGACGUGGACGUGGACGUGGACGUGGACGUGGACGUGGACGUGGACGUGACGUGGACUGGGACGUGGACGUGGACAUGGACGUGGACGUGGACGUGGACGUGGACAUGGACGUGGACGUGGACAUGGACGUGGACGUGGACGUGGACGUGGACAUGGACGUGGACGUGGACGUGGACGUGGACGUGGACAGUGGACUGGUGGACGUGGACGUGGACGUGGACAUGGACGUGGACGUGGACGUGGACGUGGACAUGGACGUGGACGUGGACGUGGACGUGGACGUGGACGUGGACGUGGACGUGGACGUGGACGUGGACAUGGACGUGGACGUGGACGUGGACGUGGACGUGGACGUGGACGUGGACGUGGACGUGGACGUGGACGUGGACGUGGACAUGGACGUGGACGUGGACGUGGACGUGGACGUGGACAUGGACGUGGACGUGGACGUGGACAUGGACGUGGACGUGGACGUGGACAUGGACGUGGACAUGGACGUGGACGUGGACGUGGACGUGGACAUGAACGUGGACGUGGACGUGGACGUGGACGUGGACGUGGACGUGGACGUGGACGUGGACGUGGACGUGGACGUGGACGUGGACGUGACGUGGACUUGGACGUGGACAUGGACGUGGACGUGGACGUGGACGUGGACGUGGACGUGGACGUGGACGUGGACGUGGACGUGGACGUGGACGUGGACGUGGACAUGGACGUGGACGUGGACGUGGACGUGGACGUGGACGUGGACGUGGACGUGGACGUGGACGUGGACAUGGACGUGGACGUGGACGUGGACGUGGACGUGGACGUGGACGUGGACGUGGACGUGGACGUGGACGUGGACAUGGACGUGGACGUGGAACGUGGACGUGGACGUGGACGUGGACGUGGACGUGGACGUGGACGUGGACGUGGACGUGGACAUGGACGUGGACGUGGACGUGGACGUGGACGUGGACGUGGACGUGGACGUGGACGUGGACGUGGACGUGGACGUGGACGUGGACGUGGACGUGGACGUGGACGUGGACAUGGACGUGGACGUGGACGUGGACGUGGACCAUGGACGUGGACGUGGACGUGGACAUGGACGUGGACGUGGUGAGGUGGACGUGGACGUGGACGUGGACGUGGACGUGGACGUGGACGUGGACGUGGACGUGGACGUGGACGUGGACGUGGACGUGGACGUGGACGUGGACGUGGACGUGGACGUGGACAUGGACGUGGACGUGGACGUGGACAUGGACGUGGACGUGGACGUGGACGUGGACGUGGACGUGGACGUGGACAUGGACGUGGACGUGGACGUGGACGUGGACGUGGACAUGGACGUGGACGUGGACGUGGACAUGGACGUGGACGUGGACGUGGACGUGGACCUGGACGUGGACGUGGACGUGGACGUGGACGUGGACGUGGACAUGGACGUGGACGUGGACGUGGACGUGGACGUGGACGUGGACGUGGACAUGGACGUGGACAUGGACGUGGACGUGGACGUGGACGUGGACUGGACGUGGACGUGGACGUGGACGUGGACGUGGACGUGGACGUGGACUUGUGGACGUGGACGUGGACGUGGACAUGGACGUGGACGUGGACGUGGACGUGGACGUGGACGUGGAGUGGACGUGGACGUGACGUGGACGUGGACGUGGACGUGGACGUGGACGUGGACGUGGACGUGGACGUGGACGUGGACGUGGACAUGGACGUGGACGUGGACGUGGACAUGGACGUGGACGUGGACGUGGACAUGGACGUGGACGUGGACGUGGACGUGGACGUGGACAUGGACGUGGACGUGGACGUGGACAUGGACGGACGUGGACGUGGACGUGGACGUGGACGUGGAAACGUGGACGACGUGGGACGUGGAACGUGUGACGUGGACAUGGACGUGGGACGUGGACGUGGACACGUGGAGGACGUGGACGUGA